GUUUUGUUUUGUGGUAUUAACACAAACUUUAUGCACACCCCUCAAACCUCUUAUUAUAUAUAGUGUGAGAGCGAAACCAGAUGGGCGUCCCGGCGUGUUUACGUCGCCUCGACAUAAUAAGCCGUAGAGAUCGUGAGUCUAACGUUUAAGUCGCCACACUUCGUGAUCAACAUUACGUAGUUGCUUUCCGUUUUUGUUUCUUUUCGAUUCAAGGAGGAAAACGAAUCCAGUCAGCAGCCCGCCGCUCCCCGCCAAUUUCCCGGUACAGACACUUUAUUUGACUCAACAGAGGUGCGCCGGGCGUAGCGACAUCGCUCGCUACGUCACUCCUGACGUCACCGACGGAAAGCUAGCUUCACGGGGCUUCCGAAGCGACUGGGAUGACAACGCGACGACUCGGAGAUCGCCUCUGCAACUCACGAACAAACAAAAGAAACCUCGCGACAGUUACGAGCGCGUCAAAACGCGCUCCUAAAGAGGGUGUAUACACGCGAUGAGCGUUGUUCGCUUCGUGGGCGUUGUUGACUAGUCACGUCGCUGGACGUGUCUUGGAGGAAGCGGGAAGUCUCUGGUGUGGCGAGUCCCUAUUGAUGGCCCGGUCGACCUUUAGUCGAGGGGCAGCGGACGGCACGUACGCUUUCGCCGAAAGAUGGUCGACUACGCGAGGUCCUCUUCGUGGCUCGUUCCCGUCAAGGAGUUUGUGUGCUCUGGAGUUUCUGCCGUGCUCUGGAGGACGGGCGUGUGGAGGAUGGGCAGCUUCACUUCCGCUCCAAAGAUAGCGAACGAGGACAAGGCAGACUCGGACCUCGAGCUUGAGCCCGAGCUGGAAGCCACGAGGGCCGGCCUUCUGGAGCGCUGUCGUCGCGAGUUGGCCUCCUUACCCCCACAGCUGAAGCGAUCUUUCACGGGCCGCUACCAGGCGCAGCCUGGGCCUGAGACAGUGCGGGUGCUACAGUGGAAUCUACUCUCACAAGCUCUAGCCGAACAAGCGGACGGCUUUGCCUGCUGCCCCGAUGCUGCCCUAGACUGGAGCAAACGCCGGUGGCGGAUACUGGAAGAGGUCCUCAGCUACGAGCCAGACCUCAUCUGUCUACAAGAGGUGGACCACUACAAGUUUCUGAGGGCUAGCCUGGGUAGCGUGGGCUUCGGCGGUACCUUCUUCCCCAAGCCAGACUCGCCGUGCUGCUACGUCCGUGGCAACAACGGACCCGAUGGAUGUGCCAUCUUCUACGACAAGGCCAAGUUCGAGCUUGUACGCUGCGAAAAACGCGUCCUCGAGGUCUUCACCUGCCAGUCCAACCAGGUCACGCUGCUCUGCGUGUUUCGCCGCAAGCUCGACGACGCCGAGCUGUGCCUGGUGACGACGCACCUCAAGGCACGCCAGGGAGGCCUCUUGUCGAGCCUCCGGAACGAGCAGGGCAAAGAUCUUUUGGACUUCGUGCAAAACCAUCGGGGCCGUCGACCCACCAUCAUAGCGGGCGACUUCAACGCGGAGCCCACGGAACCGGUUUACAAGACGCUUCUUGCGCAGCGCGACCUGUCUUUAGAGAGCAGCUACGCGCUGCAGCCCGGUAGCGGACGUCGCGAGCAAGAGCCGCCGUACACGACGUGGAAGAUCCGAGAAGAUGGCGAAGUGAGGCACACUAUCGACUACAUCUUCUUCAGCAAGGCUGACUUCUCUCUAGAAGCCAGAUUGGACUUCCCUACGGAAGAUCAGAUAGGUCCUGGACGCGUGCCCUCGCUGGCGUACGCCUCGGACCACUUCUCCCUGGUGGCCGACCUGGCCCUCCCUUUCAGAAUCUCCGAUGAGCAGGUGAACGAGAUGCUCCAACAGGACGUCGGCACCGCCUCCUAACCCUGGCGGACGCCCCCCAGGGGCACCCCCUUGUAAAUAGUGAGGCUUUUAAGAAAGUACCAAAAAUCAAUGCA